AUGCUCAUAACAUCACUUCUCAAUCGUUGCAAAGGUUUUCCUCAAUACAUCGUUGAGAAUGAAGAACAACGUUCAUUCCUCAAAUUACAUCAAAGUAAUUCCGUUAUUACUCCUCAUAGUCAACCGAUUCAUUCAUUACAACAAACUUCUCAAUACACCAUCGUUGCGUCUUGUAACCAAAUUACAGUUAAUGAUUAUAGACAAACAAAGAACAUUUUUAUUAAUCAAAAGUCUGUACGAUGUCAUCCUUGUUUACCAUUUACUAUUGUUUUACAACAAAAAUCAACUAAAUUAUAUUAUGAAUGGAAUAUAUUUGAAUCUAUUUAUUCAAAAAAUCCAACUGAUGUAGUAUUUCUUCUUUCUAAUUCUUUUGCUUUAUCAUCAGAAGACGGUGUUAAUAUUUUUGAUAAUCAAACAGGAAAACUUCUUGGAGGAGUUGUAGUUGAAGCAAAUUCAUUGGGGACUGAUGGGGUUGAUGUUUAUUGUGGAGGAAAAAAUCAAUAUUGUCUUGAUAUGAAAAUGUUUAAAAAAAGAUGGGAAAUACCAAAAAGUGGAAAACUAACAAUGAAGAAUGGUAUUGGUAUUAUUAAAGAUUUAUCAACAAUUUCUGCAAUAGAUUUAAAUGGAAAAUGUUUAUGGACAAUGGAAAAGAAAGGAGUGAGUUGUGUAGAGUUGUCAGAUGAUGGUCAAUAUUUUUUGUUGGGAUAUCAAAAUGGAUCAGUUGAUUUAUUCCAAAGUCAGACAAGUACUCAACUUUGUAAUUUGGAAAGACUUCAUGAUGAACCAAUCACUGCCAUGAACUGGUCAUCUUCUCAACUUCACUUAUUAACAGGAAGUAGAGAUGGGUUAGUUAUGAAAUGGAACUGUUUUAACAAACCAGAAAUUAUUCAUACUGACGAAUGGGAAUAA